ACCUUGAUUUGACAUCGGAAGUACUUAGUUGAAUCCCGGGUGGUGUAGGGUAGACGUUAGUUAGCGCGGAGCGGUUACGUUAAUCUUAAAUUCAAAAUAAAACACACAAACCGAUUGUGUUUUAUAUUUGGGUAUAUAGACGGUGAGAGUCUGUUUUGUUAGCCGUCACACCAACCAGCUUUUUAGAUCGCCUGGACUACUGUCGUUAAAGAUGAGUGAUCCAUCAAUGGCCAACAAAGAUUUUAUGGAGCAGCUGCGGAUGCAGGAAAUGUAUGAGCGGAGAAACGCAGAUGGCCCCGACGCCAACACCUACAUUGACCCAGAGGAUGGGACUGUCUAUGACUGGGACCCAGAAAAGAAGGCUUGGUUCCCUAAAAUAACAGAGGACUUCAUUGCAGCCUACCAGGCCAACUAUGGCUUCACUCAAGAUGGAGAUCCCGAUGCCAAUAUCGCUGCAGUGAGCAGCUCCAACACUGCAGCCCCAGAAACAGACAGCAAGUCAUCAGGAAAGAAGAAACCAGCAGAGGCAACUGAGGACCAGGACCCAGACCAGCAGUCUAAAGAAGCCAAACAGAAAGGGGAGAAAAGGAAAGCAGAACAAGGAUGGUUCGAUAUCGAGGACACUAAAAACACAAAUGUCUACGUAUCAGGCUUGCCUCCUGAUGUCAGCACUGAGGAGUUUGUUGACAUAAUGUCCAAGUGCGGCAUUCUUAUGAGGGACCCCAUCACUGAAGAGUACAAAGUCAAACUCUACAAGGACAAAGAGGGAAAUCUGAAGGGAGAUGGCCUCUGCUGCUAUCUCAAGAAGGAGUCUGUGGCAUUGGCAUUGCGUCUGAUUGACGAGUCAGAGGUCCGCGGUUACAGACUGCACGUGGAAGCAGCACGGUUUGAGCUAAAGGGCCAAUAUGAUGUCAGCAAGAAGAAGAAGAAAAACAAAGAGUAUAGGAAGAAGAUGCAGGCGCAACAAAAACAGCUGGACUGGAGGCCAGAGAGGCAAGGAGAAUUGAGGAAGCGGCAUGAAAAAGUGGUCAUUAUUAGGAACAUGUUCCACCCCAGUGACUUUGAGGAAGACCCGCUGGAGUUGAACGAGUAUCGUGAGGAUCUGCGGUCAGAGUGUGAGAAGUUUGGGGAGGUCAAGAAAGUCAUCCUCUUUGAUAGACACCCAGAUGGCGUGGCAUCUGUCGCAUUUAAGGAGCCCGAACAAGCCGAUGCCUGCAUUGAGUCGUUCAAUGGGCGGUGGUUCGGAGGGAGGCAGCUCGUUGCUUUGCUUUGGGAUGGAACGACAGACUAUCAGGUGGAAGAGACGUCCCGUGAGCGAGAGGAGCGACUAAAGGGUUGGUCUACUUUCCUGGAGGAGGCACUCCGGGCCAGCAAAACAACACCUCCAAGCCAGCAGAGGGCGACACCACCACCAUUAACAACACCACUACAGAACCCACAGAACCCCCAAACCACAGAGCCUGUACAGCAACCAAAGACAGAACCACUGCAACAGAAACAGGAGGAGGAAGCAGGAUCUACAGACAGCAGCCUGGCAGGAAGUGACGAUGAGGAAGCCUAGAUGUCUACAUACACAUUUUUGGUUCCCAGUGGCAACCAAUUAGGACAGUCCUGCUUUUAUGAGAACUGUGGCAAACCUCUGUGGUGAGCAGGCGAGGUGGAGCUGUUUUGUAAUGUAGAAAAAUAAAAUUAUGAUUCUGUCUUCCCUAUUUUCAUCUUUUUGAUUUACAUUGUAAAUAGACCUGCACAGCUUUCCAUGUAUUUCAGUGUGUCUACAGUUUAAGUGUUGUUCUGAAAAUCCUAAAAUAUCAAUUAUUCACAAAAGACAAUGGACUGAAGUUAUGUUGGAUAUGCGAUGUAGAAAAUUGUUCAGUUAACUAAUUACAGUUCAUUUCAAAUGCCUACUUUGCUCUGGUUUGUUAUUUAUUUAUUGGAACAUAAUUUUAGAGCUGAAUUCAAAGGGACAGUUUUUAAAUAAGGGCUUCACUAUCACAACAUGGACAGAGUAUAUUGUAUGUAAUGUAAAGAACAUGCUGCAGAGAUGUCCCGGGUACAAAUUGUGUUCUACAGAUUCAGAAUAUUUUUAUGUUUUGAUAUUGAUUGUCGGAAAAAAAGUACACCAUGAUCAUUUGAAUAUACUUUUCAUUUAAAAUAAGAAUGAACAAUAAGAACUAGUAUUUAAAACAAUUUAUUCCUGAAGUUUUUAUUCCCAUUUUAAAUCAUAAUUCAAAAAUGUUUCAAAUGAAUGUGUUGCUUUAUGUUUCAGAUCGCUGCAGAGCAAGAGACAUAUUAAAUACAGAGUCCCUUUAGAUGCUUCUUGUCAAUAAGAUCCUUAAUGUUCUAAAUAAAGCGUUUUUGAAUUUCUAGCA